UUGACAGAAGCGACUUUUUACCGCUCUGUCAUUUAAUAUUUUCUAUUUUUUCAUCAGUAUUUUGCAAAUAAACAAUUGAGAAAAGAAUAUCAGCGUACGAAAAUUAAGUUUUUUAUAUUUAUUUUCUAACUUUAAUCAUUCAUAAUAGUUUGCAUUAUUUUAUUUAGUUUAGUUGUGAUAUUUGCAAAAAAGUGAGAUAAUAGUUUUAAAGUGUUGAAAAAAUAAUUUGCCACAUCCAAACAAUUUUCCAAUAUGGGAAAAAUACAAUUUUGCCGUAUUUGCCGAACAGAAAAAAAUCUAAAAUAUAAGACCAAAGAGUUAAGACAAUUAAAUAAAAAACAGUUACUUUUGGCCAAUGCCACACAACAGGGCCAAGGAAAUAAUAGGGCUUCGAAAAAGCUUCUACUUACUACACCCACUUUGGGUAACAUCUGCCAUGUUUGUGAUGAACGCAUACAAAUAUUCCACCGCUUAGAUGAUGGUGGCCAUGAUAGUUGUAGCGAUGUUGAAAUCGAAGUAGUUGAAAACACAAAUAAAGCACUGCCAAUGCAAUUUGUAGAUGCUAUACCAAAUGGAGGUUUCGUUCAAAGGACGCAACGUCCAGACACGCCAGUUAUUGUGGAUGACGAUGACAUGCUAUUCAACAUAUUUAUGCAAAAGUUCAACCAGAAAACACAAAUUCAACGACAUCAAAUGGCCGAGCUGCAACAGGCUGAUGGCCCGUUUGUGAACCAAUUUCAUGCACCCUAUACUCCACCACAGUCUUCUGCCGGUGGAAGUGAAGGGGAUGAAUCAAAAGUAAUAGAAGUUUUAACAUCACGUGAAAACACACCCGCCCCAAUAGCGCAAGCUCUGCCACCACCCCCACUUACAAAUUCUAACCUGAUAGAUUCACAGGGUCAUCGUAUUGUUGCCAUCAUAGAAUUAGAUGAUGUUGAUGAAAACGAUCCAAAAAAUAAUGAUGAAAUCCAUAGUGGUUUAUUGACUCCUGCAGCAAGUUCUUCAAAUGAAUUGUCAUUUACAGAAAGUAUUGAGCACAGGUCUGGUACAUUAUCACCGAUUAAGAAUGCCAAUUUUAAAAGUCCAAGUAAGAAUGAAGGACGUCAAUCUACAGCAGCAGCCGAAGAAGAUGACGAUGAAAUCGUGUUCCGUAAAGUUGAUAUAGAACAAGACAAAUCUCCAGCAAUGAAAAAAAGAAAACGUAAAAGUUACGACGAAAAAGAAUUGCGUUUGGUAGCUAGUUUAAGUUUAGUUUCUAGUGACUCAGAAGCAGAAGAUAGUCCCAUGAAAGUACAGAUUAAAAAAUCGUUCAAUCCCCCUGCAAUUGCUGAAACGCCCCCAUUCGUUUCACAGGAUACUCAUAUUUGUAAAGUUUGUAAAAUAAAAUUUCCGGACUCUGAAAGCCUCUCCGUUCACGAACGCAUUCACCAAGGGGUGAAGUGUACAUUGUGUCAAGUUGGCUUUCAACAAGUCAAACGUCUAAUUCAUCACAUGCGUCGCAAACACCGUGAAUAUAAUGGUGACACUUUGUCAGAAAAACCCCGCUCUGGUCAAGAUAGUUGUAUGACCAUUAGAUUACGUUAUAUGCAACGUACAACAUUUUAUGAAUGUCAGCUGUGUGGUCGCAUUGAUGAAAUAUUUAGAGAACACAAAGAGCAUAUAAUAGAGAAACAUGCUAACGAAUCUAAAACUCUCAAAGACCCCAUUAUGAAACAACUCAAGUGUCCACUAUGUAAAGCCAAGUGUGGUGCACAAUAUUUAUCGCUAUGUCGUCAUCUCAUAAGUUCACAUGAAUAUCAGCAGUACAAAAGUCAUUUAAGAGAAUUGGUACAUGUAAGUGCGUUCGGCUGGAAUGCAGCACGGCAGCAAGAGGUGGCUAAAACAGCAAAAAUCUUUCAAUUUACUAAGAGGAAAACUUUCUUUUUUGAAUGUAAAAUAUGCCGCAAAGUAGUUGCUGGCUAUUUGCAUCACUUAAGGCAUGUUAACAAACAUCAAGCAUCCUCCAACGAACAGACCAAAGUUAAAGCAGUUACCCCCAAUGAAAUUCCUCCUUCAUCGUCAACGACUUUAGUAACCAAAAGCAGUUUGGAUAUUGGGGAAACUCAGAACAAAGAUAAACUUUCUGUAUCAAAAAAACAGAAUCAAUUAGAUAAUAAAUCAAAAAAACUAGGAAAUAAAUCUAAACUUAAUAAAAAAUCAAUACAAAUUGAGAAAGUACAUGAAAAAAGUAAGAAAAUACUAAAAUCUAACGAAAGUACCGAACAAAAGCUCAAACUGAAAAUUAGUCAAAAAGAAAAACUGAAUAAACCUCUUAAGAUAGACAAAUCUAAAAAGACAGCUUUGAUGACAAAAAUUAAUAAAACUGAGACAGUUACAAAUGAGUCCAGAAAGAAAAUACAAAUAAAAAUUAAAUUGAAACCAAAGGAUAAGGAAACGAAAGAAAUACCAAGUGGAGAAAAAUUAAACAAAAGAAAAGCCAAGAAAGAUUCGAGCAAAAUUAAGACAAAAGACAAUGAAAAACUCAGAGGAAAAUCAAAAGUAAAAGCGAAAGAUCUAGAUCAGAAACCUCAGGUAAAAAAGGUAAAGGUUAAACCACCCAUACGACAGAUUGAUCUGCAAAAAUAUAAAUGUAGCUACUGUUUAAAAAAAUUCAAAGGUUUUCGUUUGUAUAAUUUACAUCUUUUACAACAACACAAAGAGAACGAGUAUACCGAAUGUAAUACUUGUAAUAAACUAUACACAAAUUCCUCUCUCACAACUGAUCAUAUCAAACAAUGUCCACAAACAUUUCCCGCAUCCAAACAAAAACGUAAAUUCUCUGAUAAUAAACCUUCAUUAUCAGACAAUUUAAUCGAUAAUGGCUGUCAACUAAAUGCAAACAAAGUGCCUAAGAAAUGUGAUGAAAGUUUAAUCAAUUUGGAAGAUAACAAUCUAUGGCUGAAAGACCUACUAAAGAUAAAAGAAUCAUCAAGAAUUAGUGAUAGCAAUUCAACUUAUAAUGAAUCUACCGAUACUGCCUUAUACAUACCUAAACAAUCAAAUUUACAAUGUUGUUAUUGUUUGCAUCUACUUCCCAAUGGCAAAGCCUUAGAAGAACACACAAAACAACAACAUUCACAUAAAUCUGAUAUUCUUAUUAAAUAUAAACCUUUUAAAAAUAUAAGUAAAUAAUUAAUGCAUAUGUACAUACAUAAAUAAUUAAAUAACACUGCGGAAUCCAGCAACAUAUUACAUUCUUUCAAAAAUUCUAUUUAAUUUAAAAUUAUAGAAUAAAAUUUAAAUUUCACUAAAAUAUAAAGAUUUUAAAAUUUCUGUAUUUAGUUGACAUAGAAAAAUAACAGUGUUUAUAAAAUUUACAAUACUAAAACAACGUUUAUCUGACAGAGUAUUCGAAUAUAAAUUUAAAAUAUGUACAUAUGUAUGUAUAUUAGAGUGUCCCCCGCGAGUCAAGAAUAUCUAAUUUUGGACAUAAAGUUACAGUUACAUUUAAAAAAUUAAAAAAGACUUUACUAUACACUCUAAUGUACAUGAAAAUGCAUUUCAAAAUUAAAUCUUUCUACACAUGUAUGUACAAUACAUUUAUUUACUUGUUAUGUAAAGAUAAAAAAUUAUAGGAUUUACAUAUUAAAAUAAUAGUACCUAAUACUUUCUUUUUUAUGUAUGUGCAUUAUUUGCAAAUAUAUUUCAAAAUAUCCAAUACAUACAUAUACAUAUAUCAUAAUCUUAAUAUAAAAAAGACGUAUCUAACUUUUGUUUAUCAAAAAAAGGUAUUCUUCAUUUUCCGUGGAAUUCCCUAUAUAUUUUUAAAUUUGUCAAAUAAUAACUUUAAUAAAUAUGUAUUAAUUUUUCCAUCUUAACCUUAGGUUUAAAAAAACAUGUUCACCUUACUAAAAAAAUUAAAUACGUCUUUAUUAUAUUAAGGUGAAGAUAUAAUUUUUCAUAAACUCAUAAAAAUUAUUUAAGGUAUUUUCAGACUACAAUACUGAGUAUUAACACACUUCAAAUUAAAAAUAUUAUGAAAAUAAU